AUGACGCUGAGUACAAGAAACUGUUCAUGUUUGAGAGGGUCCACCAUGGGGAGGACCUGCACAUGCCCAUCACCAUCAUCUGGGGGUCACCCCCGUGGACAACUGGGACCCCCUCAACCCUAAGCAUAAAGGCAAGCUUAUGCUGGACAUCACCUUCAACAUCGCCAGCCCAGCCUCCCAGCUGUGGAUCCUCAACUUCUGCCAGAGGCUAAGGAACCAGAGCUUUGUGUUCCAGUCGGAGGGGCAGGACUUCACCAGCUGCUUCAUUGAGACCUUUAAGCAGUGGAUGAGAACCGGGACUGUGAAGAGUCCUCGGUCUACCCUUGCUGCAGCCAGUCAACAUUCCCCUACAAGCAGGACAUCUUUGAGUUGUGCAUCAAGAGGGCCAUCAUGGAGCUGGACCGCAGCACCAGCUUCCACCUGGACAGUAAGACCCCCGGGCCUCGCUUCGACAUCAACGACACCAUCCGGGCCAUUGUCCUGGAGUUCCAGAGCACCUACCUGUUCACACUGGCCUACGAGAAGAUGCACCAGUUCUACCACGAGGUGGACACCUGGAUCCAGGAGGAGCUGAAGAACGCCCUGGCCGGGCUGAAUUACGCUGGUUUGUCAGCAACCUGGAGUUCUACGACCUGCAGGUCAGCCUAUCGGACAGCACUCUCAUCGCCAUGGCGUUGUCCGUGGUGGUGGCCUUUGUAGUCAUGCUCCUCACCACCUGGAACAUCAUCAUCAGCCUCUACGCCAUCCUCUCCAUCGCUGGCACCAUCUUCGUCACGGUGGGCUCGCUGGUUCUGCUGGGCUGGGAGCUCAACAUGCUGCAGUCAGUCACCAUCUCAGUGGCGGUGGGUCUGUCAGUGGACUUUGCCGUGCACUAUGGAGUUUCUUAUCGCCUUGCCCCUGACCCUGACCGUGAGGGGAAAGUCGUAUUCUCCCUCGGCCGGAUGGGUUCUGCUAUUGCCAUGGCGGCGCUCACCACAUUUGUCGCUGGAGCGAUGAUGAUGCCAUCCACGGUGCUGGCAUACACCCAGCUAGGCACCUUCAUGAUGCUCAUCAUGUGCAUCGGUUGGGCUUUUGCCACCUUCUUCUUCCAGUGCAUGUGCCGUUGCCUGGUCCCCCAGGGCACCUGCGGACAGAUCCCCCUGCCCAAGAGGUUUCAGUGCCAGGCUUUCAAAGAGGGCACCACCAACAUCCCCUCACCCCAGGGCAAGCAUGGCACCAAGUACCAACUGGACAGUCGAAGAGGGGAGGUGGAGCAUGAGCAUUACGAGCUGGAUCCAUUAGCUUCAAACCCUAGGAAUGAGGAGAAACCUGCAGAGGAACAGGAGGCGUGCACCCAGCUCUAUAAUGGAAUAGCCCCCCACUCUGCCCUCUGCACACACAUCCCCUUUAAGAGCAAGGCAGAGCCCGGCAGAGGGCCCGGCUCUGAAAAUGGACUGGGCACAUUGGCCACCAACCCCACAUCCAAAUGCCAGUACCCUCAUAACACAACCUGCACAUGUGGGGAACCCCCUCCUCCUCAGCAGUCUAUGGGUAUGCAGUGGAUCCCCCACCCAUGCACUCAAACAACCCAGGACUCCCCAUGCCCCACUCCUCAGUUCCCCCUCACAGGCAGCCAUGCCAACAAAGGCCAGAACCUGUCUGCUCUGGAUGCAGUCUACAAACCCAUAGAUUGCCGUAUGCACUAUGUACACUGUCCUCCAGCUCACUUCCACAACUGCACCCCGGGCAGGGUGCCCAGACAGGGCGCUCACAGCUGCCACCUCAGAAACUACUGUGUUCACACUGUCCCCCUCCUGGGUGGCCUUCCCAGGGACCAGAGCUCUGCCCCAGACCCAGCUGGGCUGGAGGAGUCACACCGGACUGGAGGGUCAUCUGGCCCUAGCGGCUGUCCUAACACCCCAGCGCAGACUUGGACUCAAGUCCUCCUGCCUCCCCUCUGGGCUGCACGUUAGCCCACACACACACAGGCUGCUGCAGAGCCAAUCAUGGAACACAGAGGGCGGGAGAGAGAACGGUAAACACUCCAAGUGAUCAGAGCAUGGAUAAUUAUGUGUCCACCACAACGCAAAAGGGCGCUUGUCAUAAGAUGUCCAGCAACCAGGAGAAGCUUGAAACUAGUACAACUCCCAUCACACGGGAAGAAAGUGUUGAAAAGUGCAAAAAAACCCCAAAAAGGGAGGGCAAACCUCAGCCCUCCUAA